AUGCCACGCAAGUACGUACGCAAAACAGGGAAACACCCAAUUUUGGACUUCGACAAUGAAAAGCGGCUCGUCACUCACAUUCGAAAGUUAGAGGCAGCGGGGUUUCCAGUAACACGUGAUAUGUUACGUAGACUAGCUUUUGAAUUUGCUGAAAAACUUGGCGUUAAACAUCAUUUUGACCAAGAAAGUCGCAGAGCUGGACAUCAUUGGCUACGCUCUUUUAUGGAACGGCACACAGAACUAAGCGUUCGACAAGCUGAAGGCUUAUCCCUUGUUCGAGCUCAGGGACUCAAUCGUGAAGAAAUAAACAAGAUGUUUGAGCUUCUGCUCCAUAUUUUGACAGAACAUGAUUUGUUGGAUAAACCAGAACGUAUAUUCAAUAUAGACGAGACUGGUGUCCAGUUAAAUAAUAACCCUGGAAAAGUCAUUGCUACAAAAGGUGCAAAAUCAGUUCACUCUGUAACGUCUGGAGAAAAGGGUGAGACGAUGUCGGUAAUAGCUUGUUGUAAUGCCGCUGGAAAUUUCCUUUCUCCGGUUGUUAUUAUAAAAGGAGUAAUUAGAAAGCCAGAAUUCCAAGAUGGACUUCCUCCUGGAUCAGAUGUUUACAUGAACAAAAAGUAUGCUUAUGUUAACGCGGAGUUAUUCCAGAAAUGGCUGAUGCAUCACUUUGUUCCUCGAAAGCCUCAAGACUAA